GCCCCGCGUCGGUGCGGGAUGCGGGGCUGGUGACGUAGCGAGCCGCGGGAAGGGCCGCGAGACACCUACCCCCGGUCACCGCCGCUUCCCGGACCGGUACCACCCCCCACCACCCCUCCCCGUUCCCCCUCCCACCGACCUCAUCCCUCACAGCCCUGACCCCCGUGAUUCCCCUCUGACGUCCUCCCGCCAUGGGCAGCGCCGCGGCGGCGGGAGCGGGCCGGGCACCGUGCCGUGACGGAGCCGCCGCCGCCGCCGGGCAUGGGCCAGGCCCUGCCGCCGCGUGAGCACCGGUACCGACAGCAUUGUCCGCGCCCGCCCCGGGCUCAGCCCAGGGCGGCCAUGAACAGCAGCUGCUCGUCCCCCGCCCGCUGCCGCCCGCAGCACCGGGAGCGAUAGAGGCGGGGGGGGGUGCGGACCCACCAUGGCCGGCAGCGGCUACACCGACCUGCGGGAGAAGCUCAAGUCCAUGAUGCCCUACCGGGACGGCCACAAAGGUGGCGGCGGUGGUGGCGGUGGCCUCCCCCGGGACCUCCCCGAACCUCCCUACGAUCGCAAGCGACGGCACCAGGACGACUCCGGUUCCGAAGCCAGCGACUACGAGGAGCAAAAAGAGGAGGAAGAAGCCCGGAAAGUGAAGAGCGGGAUCCGCCAGCUGCGGCUCUUCAGCGCCGAGGAGUGCGCCAAGAUCGAAGCUCGCAUCGAGGAGGUGGUGUCCCGGGCGGAGAAAGGGCUCUACAAGGAGCACACGGUGGAUCGGGCGCCCCUGAGGAAUAAAUACUUUUUUGGGGAGGGUUAUACCUACGGAUCGCAGCUGCAGAGACGAGGCCCCGGGCAGGAACGCCUCUACCCGCGAGGGGAAGUGGACGCCAUCCCCGAGUGGGUUCACGACUUGGUGAUCCGGAAGCUGGUGGAGCACCGGGUGAUUCCCGAGGGAUUUGUGAACAGUGCCGUCAUCAACGACUACCAGCCGGGGGGCUGCAUUGUCUCACACGUGGACCCCAUCCAUAUCUUCGAGAGGCCCAUCGUCUCCGUCUCUUUCUUCAGCGACUCGGCGCUCUGCUUCGGGUGUAAAUUCCAGUUCAAACCCAUCAGGGUCUCGGAGCCCGUUCUCUUCCUGCCCGUGAAGAGGGGAAGUGUCACGGUGCUCAGUGGAUAUGCAGCUGAUGAAAUUACACACUGUAUUCGACCACAGGACAUCAAGGAGAGAAGAGCUGUCAUCAUCCUUCGAAAAACAAGAAUAGAUGCACCUCGAUUGGAAACAAAAUCCCUGAGUAGCUCUGUGUUGCCACCAGGUUAUAACUCUGACCGUCUCUCGGGAAACAACCGGGACCAGAUCCUGAAACCAAAGCGGUCCCAUCGCAAAGCAGAUCCUGAUGCUGCUCACAGGCCACGGAUUCUAGAAAUGGAUAAAGAGGAGAACAGGCGCUCAGUCCUCUUACCAAAACAUAGGAGAAGGAGCAACUUCAGCUCUGAGAACUAUUGGCGAAGGUCUUACGAGUACACAGAGGACUGUGAUGAGGAAGAGGAGGAUGGCAGCCCAGCCAGGAAAGUUAAAAUGCGGCGACACUGAGGAUUGUCACUUUCCAGGCUUGUGGAGCUGAUGAGAUUGGUCUCCAGUCUGUGAAAACUUUCUCCUCCCUCUGGCUAUCUUCCAUCUAGCUUCAGUUUUGGUUUUUCCUUUCAGGCUGAAGAGUAAACAGGAAGGAUCUAGCGAUUUGUUUUCAUGAAUGGAGGAAUGCUGAGACAUAUGUAAGGAUGGAACAUGUCCAGUGCACAUGGUGUCCUAAGUCAUGGGUCAAACGGGCAUCUUUCCCUUAGGAAGCAGAUAAAGUUAUGCCAGGCUGUCUGUUGGGAUUUCUUUUGAAAACACCAAAAAGUUUUACUGUUCAUUGCGCAAGAGUCGAGAAUUAUAUUUUUUGUUUUGGUUCUUUUUUUGCUUUAACUUUCUUCCUUUCCAAAUGUUCUAAAUAUGAUGUUUGACCCCAGGAGCUGAAACUCUCCGUGGUGGCCUUGUAUUCCUUGCUUCACCAAAGGGCUCCUUGGUCUGCUCUUACCUAGUUGUUGUUGGGUUUGUUUUCAGGGUGCCCUCCAGUAACUGGAAGUUUGAAGCUUUGCAGACCCCUUUUACUGCGUUUGAUUUCAAAGAGUUUAGGACAUUUUUUUGUUGCACUUUAGUACCAGUUUUAAAUGCCAUAGGUUUCCUUUCCAGUCCCUUUUCCCAAGCCAGUGUGGGCUCACAGCCCUGCGUCCCUGUGCUGUCCUCUCCGAGAAGAAUGUAUUGAGCUCUGGUUUCUCAGUGCUGGUCUGAGCAGGGGUUUUGGUUGAGGAGGAAGGAAACGUGGCUGGCUUUGCUGAGGCUGGCCCAGCAUUGAGCCGAGGUCCAUAUUGGAGCCCCGGAGCUUCCAAGUGAGUGACCACAUUGAGGAUGUGCUGCUUCCCAGAGCUGGAGAUAGCAAAGAGGAGUAGGAUAGACACUGUGCUUGCCUUGGGAACCCCUGAGAAGAGCUGUUCCCCACUGCCUGGGGGACUGGCUUUCAGCCCUUUGCCUCUUUUUGGUGGAGAGAGUUGAGAUGGUGUAGCAUGACAUCCCAAGGGACCAGCCUUGGGGGAGCAGGGCAGUCUGUCCCCUCCGAGGCUGGCUCUGGGAGCGAGGAUGCUGCAAGGGUCUGGUUUGGCCCCAGUUCAGUGCAUUCAAGAGUUGCCCGCCUCUUCCUGGCUUAGUCCUGCCUGGAUUCCUGGGGUAGGGAGUUCUCUGGUUGCUACAGAAAAUGCGAAGAGGAAUUGAGCAUUUGUCCCCGUGGAGUUAGUGUUGGAAAAUCUGCUGCCUUCCUCCUCUUCUCACACCCGGUUUGCGUUAGCUCAGACCAAAGCCUCAGCAUUUGGUAAAGUUUGGGGCCCAACACCAUAUUUAGAACCCUACUUUUGAGAAACUUCAUCCAGUUGAUCCUUUGAACCCAGGCGUUGGCAGUUGUAAGGAGUAGUCUUUAUUUUUAAAUUUUUACUGCUUUACCCUCCCUCAGAUUGUAGUUUUCCUUAGUGUCGUGUCCCCCACACACUUCAUGGUCUGCACGCUUGGCAAUAAAAAGAUGUAAUAUAUUUUGAAACCAGUUUGCUGCUGUCUUGAGGGGCUCCCAGUUCAAAAAGCAGAACAACACCCAGGCAUUGUUCCUGAGAGCACUGUUCCCUGGCAAUUGAGCAUGUUUGCUGACUUCUGAGUCUCUGUGUCCUUUUCCUUGCCCGAUGACUUCUGCAGCUCCUGCCUCUUGCUCUGUGUUGGGGCAACUGCUCACUCUGGAUCUUGUGGUCACAUUAGUACAACAGAGAUUACCACCACCUACAGCACUGCUGGUCCACAGGGGGCUCAAAUUUGGUCUCAGUGCCUGUCUCUAAUUCUCUUUUUCUGGUUGCUUUCCUGGUGGGAGCCCCCUUGGCUCUGUAUGGAGGUACAGGCUCAUCCUCACAGCCAGCCUUCAAAGGAACCUGUCUUGUUUGCCCACAGAUCACAGUUCAUGCUUCUGCUGCUUUUGAAACGUUAAAAAAACAGUAAAAAAUCAGACCAUGCUUAGUGUUUGAAUCAGUGUUCCUCACCCUCCUUGCUUUCUGCAGAGAAUCCAGGCCAGCUUUUGGCUGCAGACCCCUUGUUUUGGAAAACUUGGUAUUCCCCUGAUGGCAAAACUGCAUGCUGGGAGCAGCAUCCCUUCUCUCCCUUAUGGCUGGUGCAAACAUUUCUGGCAAGCUAGAGACCUGCUAGCAGGAUGCCCCUAGCAAUGGCUGGUUUUAAUUGUCUCUCUGAAUUCAUUGUGGAUGUGCCCACACCCUCCUUGCUGUCAGGCUCCUCUUCUGGCUGUGGCAGUGGUCACUGCUGGAGGUCUCAGCUCUGUGCAGCCUGCUCUCCUCCUUUCCCACCACCCUACCAGUUCCCAGUUUUACUCCUACCUCUGCAAUAUGGAUACUGUUCCCUGGUGUCUCAACUCAAAAAGGAGCAGGAGGCAAUCUGCUUUUCUGGGACCGUUUCCCAGAGCAGUGCUCCUGUGGGACCAGGUGUUGGCUUUAUCACCACUGAAGGCUGAAUGAGACAUCCUGAGGUCUUACCUCCAGCCAGGUAUCACCCAUCGUCUCAUCCUGGUCCUAGUGCAAUCCUUCCUCUCCUGGUGUUCCUAAAUGUCAUGAUCAGGAGCUCUCCCCUCUUUCCUUCCUUCCUUCCUCCCUUCCCCGAAUCUCUUCAGUGGGUCUGAGCUGGCAGCCAUGGCUGGAGGGACAGGAGGAGCUCCUCAUUGGAGCCACUCUCCAGUUGCCAUCUGUUCUCUUGGUUUCCAACCUGAGAGGCUGGGGCUUGACACCUUGGAGAGAGCAAGAGUGGGAUGUAACUGGUCUGACCCGUAGCAUCUUCUUGGGCAAGGAAUCCCCAGUGUGUAGGCAGGCCAUCUUCCCCACUUGUACAGGCAUUUUCUAUAGACACUGAUGUAUAUGUGUAGAUAACAUGGUUUUUUAACUCUUUUGCACUGAACAACAUUGGAGUGAAACCUUGAUUUGAAACCAGAAGACACAUUUUCACGUAGAUCCAGGUGUCUAGACCCUUUUCUCUUAACCUGUCUGGUCAAAUUGUGGCUCAGAAACACUGGUGAUGCCCAUACCUGUUCUCUGUUGCUGGCUGUGUUGAGUUGCCUGUAGACUUCAGGUCAGGUCAGUGUCAUGGAUCUGCUCUGGAGGAUGGAGGGUGAUGAGCUCCACUUUGGAGGCAGAACUUCUCCCAUCCUCCUCUGCAGAAUGGGCUCAUGCAUAGACCUGACCCUGUUGGUGUUGUCAUGUUUGUCUGGUCUGGUUGUGUGGUCUGACCUCCAUCCACCCACAGUGUGUCCUUCAUGUAACCUGCUCAGCCCAAAACUGGGAAUAAGGCUGCAUCCAGUGUGAUGAUCCCACACACCUACAGCCCAGACCAUGAGAAAUGUCUUUCCUAAGGAAGGGGGAGGAACGUGGGGUUUAUCCCUGCAUUUCCAGAAGCAGCAGGAGGAAUUGGGGUUUGUUACUCUUACCUGUAUCUCCAGAAGCCUCAGCAGUAGGACUAAAGCUCUUGCAUCAGUUGUGUGGGCUCGGUACAUCUGUAGGAAGAGAGCAAGGGGCUGUUUGCUGGGGUGGGGGUGAGCUGGCCUUGGGAAGGGCUGACAGCUCCCCUCAUUCUCAUCCAGCUGUUAGUCAGAGCAGAGCUGUGACUCCCAGGUUCUGCAAUCCCCAUCCUGAGCUCUGGCUCAUCCCAGAGGUCCCCAAGGGGAUCACCGGGGUGUGGGGCUGCCACAGGGACAAAUCCUGCUGGGGUGAGAGCUCAGCCCUCCAGGUUUUGGCAUUGUCAGCACCUGGAGCUCGCUGCUCCCCCAGCCCUGUGGGUCAGAACAGCUGCCAUGCUUUGAGGAGGGUGCAGGGAAGCUGAGAUCCAGAACCUUCCAGUGGCAAACAGGCUUUUAUCUGCCAAAAGUGUUCCCUUUCCUGGUUGGAAGGAGAAAUGGUCAGCUGAGAAGCACAUCUCUGCUCCUUCCCAUGCCCCUGCCCAUACAAGUUCUGGCUGACUUUAAUUUUAGUUUUUUUUUUUUAAGAAAGAUUCUAAUUUUUUGUUUUGUUAUGAAUAAAAAAAUAAAAUAAUAAUAAUAAUUAAAAAAAAUGAAAGUGGCAAUAUUUUUUUCUGUAAGCUUUUCCUAGGAAAAAGCGUGGUUUGUAACAAAGUUGUACAGUUCUGAAGUUUGAGAUACGAGAAGUACUGUGUGAAACGCUGUAAAUGGGGCAGAGAUUAUUUUAUGUACAGUCUGACACGGGGGGAAUCUUUUAAUUCUGGUUGAUUCUUAGGAAGAAUUUGGUUCUUCACUGUCAGGGUUUAGAAUUUCAUGGUUUCAUUAUUAUUAUUUUUUUUUUCCUUGUAUAGAUUGCUGCAUUAAUUGAAUAAAAGCAGAAAGCAUCA